AUGGGACCUAUGAUCAGAAUUUAUACAGAAAUGACUGCAGCAUUAAUGUUACCCAUUUAUCUCCACGCUUCUGCAGGUUUUGGAAUGACCACACCAGCAACCGUGGCUGGAAAAGUAUUCCUCAUUGUUUACGGCCUUUUUGGGUGCGCUGGGACUAUUCUUUUCUUCAACCUCUUCUUGGAGCGUAUUAUCUCUCUCCUGGCAUUUAUCAUGAAGGCUUGUCAUGAGAGACAGCUGCGAAGAAGUGGUCUCCUACCUCCCAACUUCCAAAGAGGGUCAGCUAUCUCCGGGGUUGGCAGCCUUGUUGGGUGGAAGCCAUCUGUUUAUCAUGUGAUGCUGAUCCUUGGAAUUUUUGCUAUCACACUUUCUUGCUGUGCCUCAGCGAUGUACACAGCAGUGGAAGGAUGGAACUACAUUGACUCCUUGUACUACUGUUUUGUCACCUUCAGCACCAUCGGCUUUGGAGAUUUGGUAAGCAGCCAGAAUGCUGUAUACCAAAAUCAGGGAUUAUACAGAUUCGGAAACUUUGUAUUUAUAUUAAUGGGAGUAUGUUGCAUAUACUCUCUUUUUAAUGUAAUCUCAAUUGUAAUCAAGCAAAUUUUGAACUGGGUGUUGAAAAAAUUUGAAUGCAGAUGUUGCCCAAAGUGCCAUAAAUCAAGUGCCCGCCUUGGACGUCGCAAUGCCAUUACCCCAGGAGCUCGCCUGCGCCGACAUAACAUUUCUGUGGAAACUGAUGGACAGUAUGACAGCGACACAGAAGGGAGGAGGCUUUCUGGAGAGAUGAUCUCUAUGAGAGAGCUCACAGCAUCAAAUAAAGUUUCACUGGCCAUUUUGCAAAAGCAGCUGUCUGAGACAGCCAAUGGCUACCCAAGGAACAUUUGCAUCAAUACCAGACAAAAUGGUUUCUCUGCAGGGGUGGGUGCUCUAGCCAUCAUGAACAACAGAUUGGCAGAAACAAGUGAUUCUAGGUAGAGUUUUUGAAAUUUUCUUCUAUAAGAAAAUGAUGCUUUCUUAUUGUUUCUUUAAUAAAACUAAAAUGGUGAUUAGAGUGGAAUUAUCGCCAUAACCUCCUAGAAAGUCUUAAAUACAGAGGCAGACUUGGUAUUCAUUGGACAUUUAGGAGUUUAGUUUCUAUUUUUUUAAUGAGUCUUCUCUAAUAUGCAGUAACAUCUUCACUGUA